GCCAUGUACGACGGAUUCAACGUUCGUCAAGGCGCCAUCAACGCGAACCACAUGGACAUGGUGAGAUUCGCGUCGAGCCAGGACCCAGGGUACAAGAAGACUCUCGGUUUCCUCGUGGAGCUCUGUAAUGCCCGUCCAGCAGCGCAGCAAGUGGUGGACGAACGAGUCCAUAAAAGAAGUGAUAAGAUUUUGGAACUCCUGAAUUUUCCGUCCAUCAACGAACGCGAGCUGGCCAUUGAGGAGGCGUACAACGACACAUGCACCUGGAUAAUGGACGACCGGCCUUCCGACAAAACGAGCAAUCGCAGCACAACCCGAUUCAAAUCGUGGCUCAGGAGCAACAGCGAGUCGAUCUUCUGGAUCAGCGGCAAAGCGGGCUGCGGUAAAUCGACGCUGAUGAAGUUCAUCUACCAGCACGAGGAUACGGCAGCGGCGCUCGCCGAGUGGGCGGGUAGUAAGAAACUGAUCAAGGCGGGGUACUUCUUCCUGGACCGCGGCAACGACCUGCAGAAGUCCCGAGAAGGGCUGCUUCGAAGUCUCCUGUGCCAGAUCCUGGGCGAGCGGCGAGAUCUCGUCCCUGUCGCAUUCCCUACCUUUUUCGGCAGCGUGCCAGUGCCACCGACAUCAGCGACCAUCAAUACCUGGGAGAGCUUGAGCCGCGCCUUUGAUGCCGUGCUAAAGGGCCUGACGGACUCGAAAGUGUGUCUGUUCAUUGACGGGCUGGACGAGUACCGCAUGGUGGAGAGAAUGCACGAAUACACGCCGGAGCAGCUCGACAUCAUCUACGACGGCACCAAGGAAGACGAGUCCUGGGGGCUCAGCGACUGGAUCGUGGCCGGACACAAGGACAUUGCGGAGCUCGUUCUCCGGUUCAAAGACAGAUCAAACACGAAGAUCUGUCUUUCUAGCCGCGAACUCAAUGUCUUCGAGCAGCGCUUUGCCGGUCUUCCGCGACUCGAAGUGCACCAUUACACGGCCGGGCCGAUCGAGCAGUAUUGCGAGGGGCGCCUUUCGAAGGAGGCCCCCGGCCUUGUCGAUCGCGACCGCUUUGUCUCGACCAUUACCGCGAAAUCGCAAGGCGUGUUCCUCUGGGUCCGCCUCGUGGUCGAUAUGCUCGUCGAUGGGACUGCCGACGGCAACACUCCGAGCGAGCUGUGGCAGACCUUGGAGAGCCUGCCUGGGCGGCUCGGUGGGAAGAACGGGCUUUACAUGCGGAUGAUGCAGAACGUGAAGGCAAAAUAUCUCCCCGAGGCCGAGAGACUGUUUCAGAUUGUCAUGCACUGGCAUUUUAUCAGUCAGUCAGGAAGAGUAUUCCCUCUGAGAGGAGACAUGGACAUCAUCACAUUGUUCUUGGCUGAAGAAGGUCAUCGGGAAACCGGCGGCAACGGGGGUUUGAGAGCCAAAAGGGAGAAGUUUGCCCCUGAGACCUGGGAUGGUCUGCGCCCCCGCUGGACUGAACGUGAACGACGCCUGAAGAGUCGAUGCGGCGGACUCCUAGAGGGGUGCGAGGGCGUUCAGUUCAUGCACCAGACGGCCAAGGAAUUCAUGUCCCGGGAAUAUAUAUGGAACGCCAUCUUUCCCAGAUCCAACGGCUUUGUUUCCACGGCCGCCAAGAACCUUGCCAUCCUGAGCGGACUGAUUCGACGUCUGAAAUGCUGCCGGGAGGUCACCUUGGAGGCCCAGCGGAUUCAGAGGGAGGAGUCCCGUGGGGGCCCAAAGCAACAUGACUCUGACGCCCCAAAUCCGCAUGUGGCUGACUACAGACUUCUACAUAAUGCUCUCUUGGUCGCUGGCCACACUGCCUUAGACCAUUUAGAGGGCGAAGACUACGACGAUUUCGAACAGCUGGUGGAUGAACUGGAUGCCACCGGAAGUUAUCACGCUUUGCCCCAGGGAACUGAGAUCACAUAUCCGCCCCGCCGUGACUGGGAGAAGAUUUUUUUCGGUAGAAGUGGCUGGCUCGGGGCUUUACUCGAUAAAGUUAGAAAAGAGCGGCCCGCAAGAACCGAGACCGACCACUACAUUGGAGAUCAUGGUCCCACUUCAUCCCCAUCAAUACAUUGUCCACAGACUCAAGGGGAAAGGAAUUCCUCAGCCGCAGCUCCAAACAUUGCUUCGGGUCGCUUCCGAACCGUUUCUCCUGUCUUGGAAGGGGAUAGAGGGCGUUAGCCUCGCGGGAACCACGUGUGCCUAGGUUGUGCGCGUGCUGUUCGCAGAGGGUGCAGACCCAAACGGCAAGCUGGACGAGAGCGACGAUCGAAACUCCGAGCCUAAC